GAGGCGAGCAUUCCGUAGGUGUCCAGCAUCACCUCCCGGUAGAGCCGCCGCUGCCAGCCCGCCAGCUCUGCCCACUCCUGGCGGGAGAAGUAGACGGCCACCUCCUCGAACGGCCCCGCCAUCUGCAGCCCGAAGCACGGCCGGAGCCCCCGCCUCGCCCCCCGACACCCCCUCUGCCCGCAGCUCCGCCGCCGCCAAGGACGGAGACGACGAAAGGGUUCUGGGGCGGAAUUGGUGUCUCUCGAGCAGCCCAGGCUCCAGGCGGGCACAGCCCAGAGCGGCUCUCGCUGCAGCAGCGCCUGGGGGGAAAUUGCGAGGCCCCGAGCGGCCCCGCUCCGGUCGAGCCUCAGAGCGCAAUCAGCAUCUGCUUUGGAAGGGAAGUGGUUUUUUCCGGCCUGGCCGCCCCCCACCCCCACGCAACCCCCCAGGCUCCGAGCCCAGUGCUGGCGCCAGCGAGUCGGAAGGAGCGCGGGGUCCCAGAGCAUCCCAGUGCCGGAGGGCUCUGCAUCCCAGUGCCCCGGGCCCGGGGAAGAGCAGCCCCGCAGGCAGGCUGGCCCUGCAGCCCCCGGCCCCUCUGCGGGCAGCCCGGCUGCGAGAAGGGCACUGCCAGGCCUGGCGGGGGAGCGGCGACCCCGGGGCUGCCGGGUCCGGCCUGGCGGCGUCAGGGUUGGGGCAGAGGGGGCCGGGCAAGGCGCGGCGGGGCGAGCUGAGCCGGGCGUGCUUCGGGCUGCGGAUGGCGGGGCCGUUCGAGGAGGUGGCCGUCUACUUCUCCCGCCAGGAGUGGGCAGAGCUGGCGGGCUGGCAGCGGCGGCUCUACCGGGAGGUGAUGCUGGACACCUACGGAAUGCUCGCCUCGCUGGGUUGGGCCGCCGUUAAGCCCGAGCUCAUCUGCAGGUUGGAGCGAGGAGAGACGCAGUGCGUGCCAGACCCCCCCGGGGAGAGGCAGAGGCACCGCAGCCCUGUGCCGGGCGGGUCCCGAGGUUCCCCUGGGGGCGUGGGGGGUUCCUCCAGCAGGGGUUUGGGAGAAUCAUCCCAAGAUGAACCAAGCGGGAGCUGCGGAGGCCCAGAAGGGCACCCUCACCCUCCUCUUGGCCUGGCCCCCCAGCCGCGGGAGAAGACCCCGCUCACAUGCCCUGAGUGCAACAAGAGCUUCAGGAGUCGGAGUGCACUGACCGCCCACAAGAAGAUCCACACGGGUGAGGGCCCCUUCACCUGCACCAACUGCAGUAAGAGCUUCAGCUGGAAGAGCAGCCUGACCAGACACGAACGCAUCCACACGGGUGAGCGCCCCUUUCACUGUGCUGACUGUGGAAAGAGCUUCAUCUGGAAGCAUCACCUGAUUCCCCACCAGCGCAUCCACUCUGGUGAGCGCCUCUUUUCCUGUACCAGCUGUGGCAAGAGCUUCAAUGAGAAGGUCUCCUUGAUCAGACACCAGCGCAUCCAUACGGGUGAGCGCCCCUUCGUAUGCAUGGAGUGUGGCAAAAGCUUCAGACAGAAGCAUCACAUGCUCAGCCACCAGAGCGUCCACACAGGCGAGCGCCCUUUUGUCUGUGCUGACUGUGGCAAGAACUUCAACUGGAAGGUCAGCCUGAUCAUGCACCAACGCAUCCACAGUGGUGAGAAGCCGUACAACUGUGAGGUGUGCAACAAGACUUUCAGGCAGAAGUCUGACCUGAAGAGACACCAGCGGGUGCAUUGAUCCCUGCGGGUGGUGCCAGAGGGUGAGGAGUGGGAAGGUGCAUGUCCUUCCCUGUCAGGGGAGAAGAUCCCGGGAGGCGGCUGCAAGAAGCGGUUUUGGUCCAAGGGGACCAUGCUGGCUCACCAGCGCAUCCACAGCACCCUCCGUCUGCUGACACCACCACUCCGUCGACCCCGAAACUGCUGCUGAGAGUCCUAUAGGGCACUCGGGCUCUGCUGCAGGGGUGGCUGCGGGGGACACCCUGUGGGAAUAAAACUAAAUAUGGAGAAAAAAGGGAACACUGAAGUUUUAUGAAUCCUCCCUCCCCUCACAGGCUGAGUACAAGGCAGUUUUCCUUAGAAACCAAUCAGUGAAGGUGUAACAUGCAGAGGUGCAGCACAGUUUUCAUCGGAAAGGAAUGCAUCGAGGACAUCUUGCCCUGUGAUGUGGGUGCCAGGACAUUUGGGGACAGCCGUGUCCAGCCCCCGCUAUCAGCAAGGAGCCUGGUACCCAAGGACAAUGCCCCUUUAUGUUCCAAGAAGACAAAUUGCAGUCACCGCUCUGACACUCCUGCUCUCCAGCUGACCUGUUCGCUUUACACCAUCACAGCAAUAGCAUUGUAAUACUAAAGCACAGCUCCAUACAGAAGGCUGCCCGCCUCCUCCCCGGCUCUGAGGCAAAGCACUCCCGUAACCACUCCUACUGCGCCUGCGGUCAGGUUUUGGCAUGUGAAGGGAGAACUUUUCCUCCAGCAAUCGGCAGGGUUUGACGUUGUGCCUUCAGUCACUCUCGAUCCACCUAAAACCCCUCCCCAAAAGUGUGAUUAUAAAUAUGAAAACAAAGGGGAAAGUUUUGUUGGGAAAAUGUCAUCGAAACUUUUGGGGUCAACCAAUGCGUUGGACCCUAUCUCCCCUCCCCCUGUUGGGACGCUGCUGGGAUAAGACCUUAGCGUUAGACACACUGAAUAUAGAUCUUAACAACAAGCUAAUUCUUAGCAUCUCUCUCUACUUGAGCCUUAACUACAUAUUCCUCACCUGCACAUCGCUCUGAUCUGGGCUCGGGUAUUUGAUUUUCAAUGUAUUUUCCCAAACACCAUCUUCUCCCCAGACACCACCCAACCCUUAUUUAGUCACGAGUUGUUAGAAUUGUUAUAAUAAACCUGACUUGUUCACCUGUAGACAAGGCUCGGGAAUCUUACUGACCGUUAAGGGGGACAUAAAGGGAACUUAAUUAACUUCCCUUGAAUUCUCAAGAACUGAGAACUCUAUCCUCUCGUGAGCAUCCUCCAGCCGGCACAGCUCCCUCAGGGCCUUCCCUCUUCACAAACCACAGGUCCAGCGGGCACCUUGCCCCAUCGGGUCACUCGCCAGCUGUGUCAGCAAGUUCUCUUCCACCCACUCCAGGAACCUCCUAGACUGGUUCCUCUCUGCUGCUUUGUGUUUCCAGCAGACAUCCCGUGGACUGAAGUCCCCCAUGAGGAUGAGGGCUGGUGAUGGCGAGGCUCCUCCCAGCUGCUUCUAGAAUAACUCCUCUGCCCCUUCAUCCUGGCCGGGUGGUCUGUAACAGACUCCCACCACGACAUCUGCCUCACUGGCCUUCCCCUGAGUCUUCGCCACAAACCUCCAACCCAGCAUCACAUCACAGAGCUCCAGAGAAGCCAAACACUCCCUAACACACAGGGCCACCCCAGCACCUCUUCUUCCUCACCGUGAGUGUGUGCCUGUCCAGGACAGAGACAGACAGUUUCUGAAGCAGAAUGCUGUGAGAAACUGUGUCAGAGGCUUUACUGAAGUCCAAGAAGACUCCAUCCACAGCCUUUCCCCCAUCCAGUAGUCGAGUCACUUUGUCAUAGAAGGUGAUCACGUUAGUUUGGCAAGAUCUGCCUUUCGUGAACCCGUGUUGAUCGGGACUGAUUACCCGCUUCUCUUGCAUGUGCUUCAUGAUAGCACUCAAGAUCACCUGUUCCGUGACUUUCCCCAGCACUGACAUCAGACUGACAGGCCUGGAGUUCCCCGGAUCCUCCCCGCAACCCUUCCGGUAGAUGGGCACAACAUCAGCCAGCCUCCAGUCCAGUGGAACUUCCCCAGUCAGCUGGUCCUUCCCCAGGACCGCUGGAAGGUGAUGGAAAGGGGUUUGGAAAGGGCAUCCGCCAGCUCCUUCAAUACUCUUGGGUGAAUCCCAUCUGGCCCCAUAGACUUGUGGGUGUCUAGAUGGGCAAGCGAGUCUCUAACCGCCUCCUCUUGGAUCACGGGAGCCUCAUUCUGCUCCUCUGACUCCUGGGUUUGUACACAGAGGGAACAACUUCCCUUGCUAUUAAAGACUGAGGCAAAGAAGGCAUUAAGUACCUCAGCCUUGUCCUUAUCCCCUGUCACUGUUGUUCCUUCUGCAUCCAAUAGGGACUGAAUAUUCUCCCCAGUCCUCCUUUUCUUGUUCAUGUAUUUGUAGCAAGAUUUUUUAUUAUCUUUCACAGACUUAGCCAGUUUGAUUUCUAGUUGGGCCUCAGCCCUCCUGAUUUUUUCCCUGCACCAUCUCACUUCCUCCCUGUAGUCCACCCAAGACGCCUGCCCCUUCUUCCAAAGAUCAUAGACCUUCCUCUUCUUUUUGAUAUCUCUCAAGAUCUCCCUACUCAACCAAGUUGUUCUUUUCCCCCGCCGGCUCCUUUUCCAGAACACAGGGAUGGCUUGCUCCUGAGCUGCUAGGAUUUCAUUUCUGAAGAGCGCCCAGCCCUCGUGGGCUCCCUUGCCCUGAAGGACUGUCUCCCAUGGGACUUUGCCAACAGCCUUCUGAACAGUCCAAAGUCUGCCCUCUGGAAGUUUAAUGUGACUGUUUUGCUCAUCCCCUUCUUCAUCUCACCCAGAACUGAAGACCCUAUCAGCUCAUGAUCGCUUCGUCCCAGGCGUCCCCCAACCGUCACAUCCCUCACAAGGCCUUCUCUGCUCACAAACAGCAGGUCCAGGAGGGCACUCUCCCUCAUCAGCUCACUCACCAGUUGUGUGAGGAAGUUGUCUUCCACACACUCCAGCAACCUCCUAGGCUGCUUCCUUUCUGCUGUGUUGUACUUCCAGCAGAUAUCAGGAAGAUUGAAGUCUCCCACGAGGACGAGAGGUAGCGAUCUAGAGAGUGUCCGCAGCUGUUUAUAGAAGAGCUCAUCAGCUGCUUCUUCUUGGCUGGGUGGUCUGUAGCAGACUCCCAUCACAAUGUCAGCCUUCUUGUGGGCUCCUCUGAUUUUAACCCAGAGGCACUCAGUCCCUUCCUCACCAUAACUUGUGGAAGAAUGGCUCGGUGAUCGAGGGCAUGAUUUAAUAGCAGUGAACAAUCCAGGGUUUGCUGUUUGUGGCUCGGCCUGACCUUGAGAUGAGAUAAAAGGGAGCAGAAUACAAGAAUGUGGAAUCCAGCGUGGGAAAGCCCUGAAGAGUCGUGAUGAGAACUUUGUAUCUGCCCUUUUCGCGUGCUCAAGAGCGUCUGGCCAGUUGCGUGACAGCACAAGGCGCAUGAACAGUGGGACAUAACCAAUUAGGAUUUGUUUUGUUAGCGCGUGCAUUAUUAGGAUAAGUAUAUAAGAAGUGUAAGGUGUAUGAAUAAAUGAGAACCAUCAUACUCAUAUUGAGACUCCAUCGUUACUCCGGGUCCGCCUCCCACUCCGACAUCUGGUAGCAGAGGAUGGUUACAGGACACCUUUGACUUCUCCGAGACUGCGGUAAGCAGCUGGAGGAGGGGAGUGGGAAACCGCGGCUAAGGGAAGCGCUGCCUGUGCAUAGUCAAGGUAGACGCUGGUGCGAGGUCGCUCCUCACCCCUUAGGGAUAAUUAUGGAAACAGAAGCUGCGGCAACGCUACUUGCGGGAAUCCUCUCUAAGAGAGGGCAUGAACUGCCCAAAACUGCUGGAAACAGAAGCUGUGGCAACGCUACUUGCGGGAAUCCUCUCUAAGAGAGAGCAUGAACUGCCCGCAAAACUGCUGAUAAAACUUCUACAUUUAGGUAGAAAAUGGGGACACUUUACUGAUCCGCAGACGUUGUUUUUUGUUACGGAUUGGGGAGAUUAUGGAGAAACGUUGUGGGAAAAGACUAUAUCAGGAACCGACAAGGAUGAAAAGGAAUUAAAGCUGUUCGGGGGGACUGCAAGAUCACGAAAAAGGGCAAAGAGCCUUUUGGGGGCUGUGGGGAAACUUGGCAAACUGUCGUUAAUACUUUACAAGCACUGAAGGCGAAGUCAAAAGUUGCCGCUGCCGCUGUGUGCGCCACAGCCCCCCCAAUCCCCCGGCUGAACCUCAUUGCACCACGAUGCGUAUGAGUGCUUUCUUUGGGGUGAGCCAGAAUUACCCAAUGAAAGGAAUGACUGGGAAAGUUUGUACCAGCGUCUGCGAGCUCUAAAUCCGUCUGUAAAAAGGGGGAAUGCGUCUGAGGACAUAGACGGCCCCAUUGCGCCGGAGGCACCCGAUGUUCACCCAUCAGAGGGUGGAAGUGCAAUGAUAUAGGAACCAGAAGUGCCCACAGCAGCCGUCUGCGCUGAUCAAGUGCGGGGUGGACAAAGCUGUGGGGCUGGCGAGGAAUCAGAGGAGGAAGAAGAUGCCUCGAAAAUGCUGUAACAACCAAGGACUGUUACCUGUUAAACAAUUGAUACAAACCUCAUUUUAUAAUAUAUGUGCAUAUUGUAAGCGUUGUAUUUGUUGGGUACGGUGUAGAAUUUAAAUAUUCGUACCAUCGUGCUCUUCUUAUUGACCGGUCGUAAACUAUAUUGUAUGGGUAUAUUAAGGCAGCUCUCAAAAGAGUGGUUCUGUGUGUGUAUGUGUGUUUAAAGUGCUUUAAACUUUUGUAAGAUUUGCAAAUUGGGUUUUGGUCAUAGCAGUUUGAGCCUCUGUUUGUUUCGAUUAAUCUUAAAAAUGCAACUCUGAGACCUUUCAAUCCCAAACGUCCACUAAGCCGGCAGACAGGUAGAUUUACCUGGGACCUUUGAAGUGAAAGGCUGCAGAGGAAACAAUUUUAAACAGAGAAAAAAAAUUGAAAAAAAAAAGGAAAAAAAUAGAAAUAUACAAAACCAAUGCAGACAAUAGAAAAAGAAAAUGGAAAACCACCAGCCCUGUGGCUGUGUGUGAGUUUCCCCCCCACCCUAUUCCCCUCCCAGCCCUGUGGCUGUGUGUGAGGUUUUUUUCCCUCCCCCAAUCCUCCCAUCCCUUACUCCUGAUUUUGUUUGAAUGUGAAGGUUUUUUGUUUUGUUUCAGCUUGGCAGUCCUUAUCUCUCCAGGGGAGUAACAAUUUGUGAAGGACACUCUGCAUUCCAGUGUCCCUUACAAGAACCGUUUGAUGAACUGGCACUGCAGACAUCCAGGGAUAUGCUGAGAGAUAAAGGACUUGUUGUUGCACCUGAAAAAGUACAAAGGUCAUCUCUGUGGAAGUAUUUGGGCUGGAGCACUUCUGAUGCCCAAACCCCACCACAGAAAAUCGAAUUGACGAUCAGUUUACGAACUGUGAAAGAUGUCCAAAUGUUGUUAGGGGAUAUUCAAUGGGUCCGCCCUUGUGUGGGCGUUUCCAACUCUGAUAUUGCUCCCUUGACUGUGUUGUUGCACAAUGCCUCCAAAACUGAGCUUUUUGAGCUCCUUUGACUGCAGAUCAAAGGACUCUUUUACAAAAAGCCAAUCGUCCCUUACA